CAAUGGAUUGGUGCUCAGAAUCCUUGUGGAAAAGGAACAGCUGCUCUCGGACCUAAUAACAGUAAACUGAUCUGCAGUGCAGGUGAUUCAUCGCAGUGUCCAGAUGGAUUCUAUUGCCACAUUGGUGAAACUCGUGCAGCAACCGCUUGCUGUAAAACAUCUGGAGGGGAGAGUCGGUGCUUGGUGCCAUUGAGCGUUGGUGAAGGAAGCGCAUUGAUAAAGAGAUUUUAUUACGAUCAAAAUGAGAAGCAGUGUAACGAAUUUGUUUAUAAAGGAACGAAGGGCAAUGAAAAUAAUUUCUUGACACGCGAUGAAUGCGAAAAAGAAUGCGAGAGUAAGCAUUCUUUAUCAAUGAUGUUAUCUCUGGAAUAUAAUCGUGAUCAGCUGCUUAAUUGA